CUUGGUUCAUAGUUAGAAGAGCGCUUUCAUAAAGUUUUAUUGAAUUUCAAGCGUUUGCUCCGACUUCCAUGUUGAUGAAUUUUGCGCAAUAUUUUUAUCAAUAAUUUACGUUUCAUACAAUCAUGGUCUUUUUAUUUAAGUGUGAAGUUGUUUCACCCCCAUAUAUGUUAUACAUGGGCCUGGACAAGAAUGAAAAUGAGGAUUUGAUAAAAUGGGGAUUUCCAGAGGAUGUUUGGUUCCAUGUGGACAAAGUUUCAUCAGCUCAUGUGUAUCUAAGGUUACAUACUGGUGAGAGUCUAGACGAUGUUCCACAGACUGUCAUAGAUGAGUGUGCUCAACUUGUGAAAGCCAACAGUAUACAAGGUAACAAGAUGAACAAUGUUGAUGUUGUGUUCACAAUGUGGGGAAACCUGAAAAAGACGGCAGGUAUGGACGUGGGUCAGGUGGGCUUCCACAAGAGCAAAGAUGUACGAAAAGUGCGCGUAGAAAAAAGAAUAAAUGAGAUUGUUAAUCGUUUGAACAAAACGAAAGAAGAGAAGUUCCCAGACCUGCGAGCAGAGCGAGAAGAUCGGGACAAGAAGGAGCGUGAGGACCAGCGACAUGUACAGCAGGAACAGAGACGACGAGAGAAGGAUGAGAUGGAGAGAAAAGAAAAAGAACGAGAAAUUAGAUCAUAUAGUUCAUUAAUGACAGAAGACAAAAUGACCACAAAUAAGGAUGGAGGAAAUGAUUCUGAUGACUUUAUGUGAACCUGUGAUACGCAUGUCUUCUCCAUCAACAAGGCGGUGCUCAAGUGGUUAACAGCAACCAGUGACACUAAAACAUCUCUAACAGUGCAUUCGGCAUAUUUAAACGAUACAUUUAUCUUGCAGCUAUUAAGUUUAACUUACAAUGCAUUUAGCUCUACUGUAUAUAAGAACUUGCAUGCUAAAUAAUUGAGAAUUGCAGUGUUGAUUUAGAUUAUAACUGUACCUUGUACUUUGUAUUUAAUAAUGGUUCAUAUUGUACAAUUCAUUUCAUCAAUUAGGGGAAAGAUGUACCUAGCUGGACUACAAGCAUUUUUAUGUGAUUCUAAUGAAUGCUCUUGAAAUUGAUGCAUUGAGGGCAUUUUUCUGAACUUUAUCCCAUGAAAGCUUACCUCCUUUCAAAAGUGCAAAAGUACCAGUACAUUGUGUCAAUGUAUACUACAUUUUUGAGACUUUAAUUGUACCCAUGUCAAAUAUUGUUAGAUCAUAAAAGUAUCAAGUUAAUAUUGUCUCACAUAUUUGCAAAUCAAAAUCAAAUUGUCUUGAAUAUCAAGUAAAAAUGUAUCAAAAUGAAUAUCAAUAUGAUGAAGUAGCCUGUGUUUUAAAAAAAAUGAAAUUGUAUUAUCUCAGAUAUCAAUGAAGUUUUAAUACCAGUUCUGGGGAAAUUUUCAAUCUUUAUGGAAUGGAUUCUUUUUUGCACAACCAUGGCCUCAAUAAUUAAAUUAUUUUUUACUUUGUUAUUUCAUUGUGUUUGUACAUAAAUAUUGUACAUGUAUAUCUAUUGUAUGCAAUUGUAUACAUAAAUUGUAAAUGUACUUUAAUGCUAUUACUAACACAUGUAUCUCAGCUUUUCAAGAACUUCAUGAUUUACUUUACUAAUUGAUGGCUCCGUUACAUACACAAUGAAUACCACAAUCACAACGGUAGUGUUACACAAACCAGGUCAGAAAUAAACUUGCAGAUCUAUGACUAAAUGUGUUCUUGGUCUUGCUGUUUGAAUGAAUCCUCAAGUUGAUGUUACUUUAAAGUUUUGAAUGCCAUUUUACAUGCGAUUUAAUAUUUUUCCAUGAUUACAAUCAUAAUUAUGUACAUUAAAUUAACUAAAAACAA